AUGGAGGCCGCCCUCAAGCGCAAGGCCGCGGAAGCCCCCGCCGACGGGCCCGACCCCCCGCUCAAGGCGCCGCGCGCGGACGCCGCUCCCCCGCCGCCGGCCGCCGCCGAGCGCGUCGCCUGCCUGCACGACGUCUCCUACCCCGAGGGCUACGACGCGUCCGCCUCCGGCCCGCGCGUCGUCGCGGGCGGCGGCGAGGGCGCGGCCCCGGCCAAGACGUUCCCCUUCCCGCUCGACCCCUUCCAGUCCGAGGCCAUCCGCUGCCUCGACAACGGCGAGUCCGUCAUGGUGUCGGCGCACACGUCGGCGGGGAAGACGGUGGUGGCGCUGUACGCGAUAGCCAUGUCCCUGCGCAACCAGCAGCGGGUCAUCUACACGUCCCCCAUCAAGGCCCUCAGCAACCAGAAGUACAGGGAGUUCAAGGAGGAGUUCUCCGACGUCGGCCUCAUGACCGGGGACGUCACCAUCGAGCCAAACGCCUCCUGCUUGGUCAUGACCACGGAGAUUUGGCGCAGCAUGCAGUACAAAGGGUCCGAGGUGAUGAGGGAAGUCGCCUGGGUUAUCUUCGAUGAGGUGCAUUACAUGCGUGACAGGGAGAGGGGAGUGGUGUGGGAGGAGAGUAUUGUGAUGGCUCCCAAAAACUCGCGGUUCGUGUUCCUCUCGGCAACUGUGCCUAAUGCCAAGGAGUUUGCUGAUUGGGUUGCCAAGGUACAUAAGCAACCUUGUCAUAUAGUAUACACCGACUAUCGACCUACACCCCUCCAGCACUAUGUAUUUCCUGCUGGAGGUGAUGGCUUAUACCUGGUCGUUGAUGAAAAUGGUAAGUUCAGAGAGGACAGUUUUCAGAAAUCUCUGAAUGUCCUUGCCCCUGCUACUGGCAGUGACAAGAAGAGGGAAAACGGGAAGCGGCAAAAGGGCCUUGUCUCGGCAGGCAAAACUAAUGAAGAAAGCGACAUAUUCAAGAUGGUGAAAAUGAUAAUUCAGCGUCAAUAUGACCCUGUGAUACUUUUCAGCUUUAGCAAAAGAGAGUGUGAAUUUCUUGCUAUGCAGAUGGCCAAGAUGGACUUGAAUGGGGAUGAUGAGAAAGUGAACAUUGAAACCAUUUUUUGGAGUGCCAUGGAUUUGCUUUCAGAUGAUGACAAAAAGCUUCCCCAGGUUUCGAAUAUGCUUCCGUUAUUGAAACGCGGCAUUGGAGUACAUCAUUCUGGUCUGUUGCCCAUUUUAAAGGAAGUGAUUGAGAUACUUUUCCAAGAGGGCCUCAUCAAGUGUCUGUUUGCCACAGAGACAUUCAGUAUUGGAUUGAACAUGCCUGCAAAGACUGUUGUGUUUACCAAUGUACGUAAGUUUGACGGAGAUCGAUUCCGAUGGUUGUCAAGUGGAGAGUACAUCCAGAUGAGCGGCCGUGCUGGUCGUCGAGGUAUUGAUCAGCGUGGUAUCUGCAUAUUGAUGGUAGAUGAGAAAAUGGAACCCUCAACUGCCAAAAUGAUGCUGAAAGGAGGUGCCGAUAGUUUGAACAGUGCCUUUCAUUUGAGCUACAACAUGUUGUUGAAUCAACUGCGCUCGGAGGAUGGUGAUCCAGAAAAGCUUCUUAGACAUUCAUUCUACCAAUUUCAAGCAGAUAGAGCUCUCCCUGAUCUUGAGAAGCAAGUCAGGGAACUGGAAAUAGAAAGAAGUUCCAUGGUUAUUGAAGACGAGGAGAGCGUGAAGGACUACUAUGAUCUCUUACAGCAGUACACAACUUUAAAGAAGGAUGUCCGUGAUAUUGUACUUUCGCCAAAAUAUGUUCUGCCUUUCUUGCAAUCCGGAAGGCUUGUUCGUGUUCAAUACAGUACAGAUGAGUCCACCUUCUCUAUUGACGAAAAUGUGUCGUGGGGAAUUAUUAUAAAUUUUGAGAAGGUGAAAACCAAUACUGAAGAAAGAAGGCCAGAGGAUUGUGAUUACACUGUUGAUGUCCUCACCAGAUGUUCUGUAAUCAAGGAUAUAAGUGGAAAGAAGACAAUGAAGGUUAUUCCUAUCAAAUCCCGUGGAGAACCGGUUGUUAUUUCGUUGCCACUUUCUCAGAUUGAUGGACUAAGCAGCGUCCGGAUGUACAUACCCAAGGAUCUUUUGCCUGUAGAAGCUCGAGAAAACACCUUGAGGAAAGUUGAAGAAGUGCUUUCAAGGUUUGCUAAAGAUGGGGUUCCUCUAUUGGAUCCAGAAGAAGAUAUGGAAGUAAAAUCUAGCUCCUACCGGAAAGCUGCCAGAAGAAUAGAAGCUCUCGAGAGCUUAUUUGAGAAGCAUGACAUCCGUAAUGCUCCCCAUAUCCAACACAAGCUGAAGGUCUUACAUGCUAAGCAAGAAAUAAAAGCCAAAAUAAAGUCCAUAAAGAAAACAAUGCGGGCUUCGACUGCUCUAGCCUUUAAGGAUGAGCUCAAGGCACGAAAACGAGUUCUUCGUAGGCUGGAUACAUCACCAGUGAGGAUGUGGUCGAAAUAA